UUUCUUCCCAGUACUUCCAGCAGCCAGACGCUGGCGCCCAAGCUCGCCGGCUGUUGCUGAGGGCCUGUAGGUGUGUCCAGGACUGAGUGGUGUAGUGGAGACAGGUGAAAGGAGAGUGGAAAGGCAGGGAAAGGCUAUUGUCCUUAUUGCCACUCUUCCCACCCAGCGCCCACCUGUUCUCUGCCCCCUCGACAUCCCUCUGGCUUGGUCACCUGUGCGUGUUAGAGGCUGGGCCCCAGUUCUCUGGGGAUCCUGUACCCAAGGGCCUGGGCGUGUGUGUCUCAUGCUGUCUCCUGGUCACAGGAGCAUGUGGUGUCUGUCAUUUCAUGUUCACAGGUGUCUGAAGUGGCUAUUCAUUGAGCGAUGGGGCUGGACUUGAAGGAAUGCCAAGAGAUGCUGCCCCCACCCCCUUAGGCCCGAGGGAUCAGGAGCUAUGGGGCCAGGGGCCCUCUCGUCUUUACUGCUGCUGCUCUUGGUGGCAAGUGGAGAUGCUGACAUGAAGGGACAUUUUGAUCCUGCCAAGUGCCGCUAUGCCCUGGGCAUGCAGGACCGGACCAUCCCAGACAGUGACAUCUCUGCUUCCAGCUCCUGGUCAGACUCCACUGCCGCCCGCCACAGCAGGUUGGAGAGCAGUGAUGGGGAUGGGGCCUGGUGCCCCGCAGGGUCGGUGUUUCCCAAGGAGGAGGAGUACUUGCAGGUGGAUCUACAACGGCUGCACCUGGUGGCUCUGGUGGGCACCCAGGGACGGCAUGCUGGGGGCCUGGGCAAGGAGUUCUCCCGGAGCUACCGGCUGCGUUACUCCCGGGACGGUCGCCGCUGGAUGGACUGGAAGGACCGCUGGGGUCAGGAGGUGAUCUCAGGCAAUGAGGACCCUGAGGGAGUAGUGCUGAAGGACCUUGGGCCCCCCAUGGUUGCCCGACUGGUUCGCUUCUACCCCCGGGCUGACCGGGUCAUGAGCGUCUGUCUGCGGGUGGAGCUCUAUGGCUGCCUCUGGAGGGAUGGACUCCUGUCUUACACCGCCCCUGUGGGGCAGACAAUGUACUUAUCUGAGGCUGUGUACCUCAACGACUCCACCUAUGAUGGACAUACCAUGGGCGGAUUGCAGUAUGGGGGUCUGGGCCAGCUGGCAGAUGGCGUGGUGGGGCUGGAUGACUUUAGGAAGAGUCAGGAGCUCCGGGUCUGGCCAGGCUAUGACUAUGUGGGAUGGAGCAACCACAGCUUCUCCAGUGGCUACGUGGAGAUGGAGUUUGAGUUUGACCGGCUGAGGGCCUUCCAGGCCAUGCAGGUCCACUGUAACAACAUGCACACGCUGGGAGCCCGUCUGCCUGGCGGGGUGGAAUGUCGCUUCCGGCGUGGCCCUGCCAUGGCCUGGGAGGGGGAGCCUAUGCGCCACAAUCUGGGGGGCAACCUGGGGGACCCCAGAGCCCGGGCUGUCUCAGUGCCCCUUGGUGGCCGUGUGGCUCGCUUUCUGCAGUGCCGCUUCCUCUUUGCGGGGCCCUGGUUACUCUUCAGCGAAAUCUCCUUCAUCUCUGAUGUGGUGAACAAUUCCUCUCCGGCACUGGGAGGCACCUUCCCACCAGCCCCCUGGUGGCCGCCUGGCCCACCUCCCACCAACUUCAGCAGCUUGGAGCUGGAGCCCAGGGGCCAGCAGCCCGUGGCCAAGGCCGAGGGGAGCCCGACCGCAAUCCUCAUCGGCUGCCUGGUGGCCAUCAUCCUGCUCCUGCUGCUCAUCAUUGCCCUCAUGCUCUGGCGGCUGCACUGGCGCAGGCUCCUCAGCAAGGCUGAACGGAGGGUGUUGGAAGAGGAGCUGACGGUUCACCUCUCUGUUCCUGGGGACACUAUCCUCAUCAACAACCGCCCAGGUCCUAGAGAGCCACCCCCCUACCAGGAGCCCCGGCCUCGUGGGAAUCCGCCCCACUCCGCUCCCUGUGUCCCCAAUGGCUCUGCCUACAGUGGGGACUAUAUGGAGCCUGAGAAGCCAGGCGCCCCGCUUCUGCCCCCACCUCCCCAGAACAGCGUCCCCCAUUAUGCCGAGGCUGACAUUGUUACCCUGCAGGGCGUCACCGGGGGCAACACCUAUGCUGUGCCUGCACUGCCCCCAGGGGCAGUCGGGGAUGGGCCCCCCAGAGUGGAUUUCCCUCGAUCGAGGCUCCGCUUCAAAGAGAAGCUUGGCGAGGGCCAGUUUGGGGAGGUGCACCUGUGUGAGGUCGACAGCCCUCAAGAUCUGGUCAGUCUUGACUGCCCCCUUAAUAUGCGUAAGGGACACCCCUUGCUGGUAGCUGUCAAGAUCUUACGGCCAGAUGCCACCAAGAAUGCCAGGAAUGAUUUCCUGAAAGAGGUGAAGAUCAUGUCAAGGCUCAAGGACCCAAACAUCAUCCGGCUGCUGGGCGUGUGUGUGCAGGACGACCCCCUCUGCAUGAUUACUGACUACAUGGAGAACGGCGACCUCAACCAGUUCCUCAGCGCCCACCAGCUGGAGGACAAGGCAGCUGAGGGGGCCCCUGGGGAUGGGCAGGCUGCGCAGGGGCCCACCAUCAGCUACCCAAUGCUGUUGCAUGUGGCAGCCCAGAUCGCCUCCGGCAUGCGCUAUCUGGCCACACUCAACUUUGUACAUCGCGACCUGGCCACGCGGAACUGCCUAGUUGGGGAAAAUUUCACCAUCAAAAUCGCAGACUUUGGCAUGAGCCGGAACCUCUAUGCUGGGGACUAUUACCGUGUGCAGGGCCGGGCAGUGCUGCCCAUCCGCUGGAUGGCCUGGGAGUGCAUCCUCAUGGGGAAGUUCACGACUGCGAGUGAUGUGUGGGCCUUUGGCGUGACCCUGUGGGAGGUGCUGAUGCUCUGCAGGGCCCAGCCCUUUGGGCAGCUCACCGACGAGCAGGUCAUCGAGAACGCGGGGGAGUUCUUCCGGGACCAGGGCCGGCAGGUGUACCUGUCCCGGCCGCCUGCCUGCCCGCAGGGCCUAUAUGAGCUGAUGCUUCGGUGCUGGAGCCGGGAGUCUGAGCAGCGACCACCCUUCUCCCAGCUGCAUCGGUUCCUGGCAGAGGAUGCACUCAACACGGUGUGAAUCACACAUCCAGCUGCCCCUCCCUCAGGGAGCGAUCCAGGGGAAGCCAGUGACACUAAAACAAGAGGACCCAAUGGCACCUCUGCCCUUCCCCUCCCGACAGCCCAUCACCUCUAAUAGAGGCAGUGAGACUGCAGGUGGGCUGGGCCCACCUAGGGAGCUGAUGCCCCUUCUCCCUUUCCUGGACACGCUCUCAUGUCCCCUUCCUGUUCUUCCUUCCCAGAAGCCCCUGUCACCCACCCAGCUGGCCCUGUGGAUGGGAUCCUCUCCAACCUCCUCUAGCCCUCCCUUGGGGAAGGGUGGGGGGAAAUAUAGGAUAGACACUGGACAUGGCCCAUUGGAGCACCUGGGCCCCACUGGACAACACUGAUUCCUGGAGAGGUGGCUGCGCCCCCAGCUUCUCUCUCCCUGUCACACACUGGACCCCACUGGCUGAGAAUCUGGGGGUGAAGAGGACAAGAAGGAGAGAAAAAUGUUCCCUUAUGCCUGCUCCGGGACUUGUUCUCAGCUUGGGCUUCUUCCACCUCCAUCACCUGAAACACUGGACCUGGGGGUAGCCCCGCCCCAGCCCUCAGUCACCCCCACUUCCCACCUGCAGUCUUGUAGCUAGAACUUCUCUAAGCCUGUAUGUUUCUGUGGAGUAAAUAUUGGGAUUAGUGGGAAAGAGGGAGCAACAGCCUGUAGCCUUGGGGUUGGACAUCUCUAGUGUAGCUGCCACAUUGAUUUUUCUAUAAUCACUUGGGGUUUGUACAUUUUUGGGGGGAGAGACACAGAUUUUUACACUAAUAUAUGGACCUAGCUUGAGGCAGUUUUAAUCCCCUGCACUAGGCAGGUAAUAAUAAAGGUUGAGUUUUCCACAA